CCUUUUCUUUUGGUCAAACAACCAAAAUACAUGUUUGGUAGCUAAAAAACCGGCUUUUCCGCCAAAAACUAAAAGCUUUUGGUUUUGGCAUUUCAUUACUAUCCUUCUUGUCGACACCAAAAAUCUUAAUUAAGAACAUUAUGAAACAAAAGUAGCAUAAAAACUAAUAUUCAGCACCUUAUGGACGGUAAUUGUUUAUUUUUUAGCGCUAUAGUUUGUAUAAAAUUGCUGAUCUUAUUUACUAAACAAAUCUUUUUUCCCCUUACAAAAAAAAAGAAAAACCUUACUUAUUUAAGGCCAAGAAAACAACAAUAGGCCUAGAUUGGAGAAUAGAAGAGUUGGAAGUUGGGAGUUUUGGGAGUGAGGAAAAAUGGGGAGUGGCGCAACUUUGAAAUGGGUGUUGCAAUUACACAAAGACGUACCAAAGGCUGCUCGAUUUUAUUCCGAAGGCUUAGACUUCACUCUCCAUCUCUGCACUCUUCGUUGGGCCCACCUUCAAUCCGGCCCUCUCAAUCUCGCCCUUCUUCAACCCUCUUCUUGUGACACUGUCAUGCAGAAAGGGCAUUCUUCAAUGUUGUCAUUUACUGUCCCUGACCUCCAUGGUACAGUGACAAAAUUAGCUUCAUUAGGGGCAGAGCUGGAUGGUCCAAUUAAGCAUGAAAUCCAUGGAAAGGUUGCAGCCAUGCGAUGUUUGGAUGGCCACAUGAUAGGCCUUUAUGAACCCCUUUGAGAUCUUUGGCCACGAAAGAAGAUCACAACAUCUGAAGAGUUUUCUUGAAUACAUCUGACCUUUUACAUAUGGAAUGAAUGAGUCACCUUUCCUUCUUUUGGGUUCCCUUCAAUGAUAGAUAGUGUUGGUCCAUCAAGGUCGAAAACAGCUGUGCACAAUGUGUACAAUGUUGGUCCUGAAAAUCAGAGAGAUGAGCGACUAUAUCGAGUUUUCUGUAAAAUAGGAUAUUGAAGGGAUCAAUUGCAGGUUGCUAUAUACCUGACAUGUAGAUGGGAUAUCUUUUGUCAUCUAUGUCUCCAAGGAGUGAAAGGAAAUCUUCUUUUGAUUCUUGCGGCAGUGAAGCUGCUCGUUUUUGUCUGCUACUUGAAUUUUCAUCUUGUAUCUUUAACAAUAAAGACAUGAUAAUAUGUAGUUUCCAAUUUGAUUAGUUUGGUGAAAAAGAGCUACCUCAAAGCAUUGAUCAUCAUGAUAAUAUUGGAGUUCUAUUGUUUUUUGUA